ACACCGGGGCGUCAGACGACCACUGGCGGAGUGCAAGGGGAGUGUAGCAGAAAGCUGUAUAUCCUGAGGUUACAAGACAUGACAGAUGUGUCAGUCGCGGCGACAGGAGAUGAGUCUUCUGUAUGAGUCUGUAUUAAGAUCGUAGAGGUAGUGGUGUAGUAGUUCUCAUCACACAGCUUUAGAAUUACAUUCACUGAGAAACACUGUUCGACUUUAGCACCUGGGAAAGGGACGUGCAUGUUGAUUAAGUGCUGCUUUGAGGAUUGCACCGUAUACACGCACUUUACUAGCCACAUUUAAAAACACUUGCCAUUUCAUGACUUUAAACAGAAUUGCUCUAGCUUCAACUGCCAGAUACUGUGAAAUCAUCAGUGUAGCAGCUGGUAAACAAGCGCUCAGCUGCUGCUCUUCCGGGGGCCUCACCAGAUGCUGCUCGAAUUCUCCUUUUACAACAUGCCAGGCCCCGUGAACGCUUUAUUUAAGACUUCUUUUUAAAUCCCCUGUUUAGCCGUAGAGCUGUUGAAUUGUUUUGGGUGGAGUGCAAUAUUCUUUGUCAAUGCCACCAUCUCCUGCGGGUGAAAUCCUCCUCCUGACCCUGCACAUCCAUCCAUCCGCCAUCCUCUGAGAUAAACAUGAGUGUUCUCAUGAGCUUCACUGUUGGACCCACCCAUAUACCAUGCUGGAGCUGCUUGUUCGCCUUGGCCUCUUAACCUGCAGGAGAUUCUCCUUGCCCCACCAGCCUUCUUGCCUACUGAGUCCAGGUGCUCUCACUAGUAUGUACACCACACGCAUGUACGGUGGAGGUGGGGGCAAGCCAGGUCGUCGCAUCGGCCUAAUGGGAGGAGGGCAGCCCAUGCUGGAGAACCACCAUCACCCACUUCCUCCUCCUCCACAUCAUUCACAUGUCCAUCAUCCUCAAAAUUACUCACCCGUUUAUCAGGCUCGUCUAGAUGCCCACCGGCCUCAUUUUCAGACCCACCAGCACUACCACACACACUCACAAGUCACUCACCUCCCUCCUCCGCACUAUCAAUCCCAUACACAUUUCCACCACAGCAAGAAAAAGACGUGGAACUUCAUCCAUGAGAAAAUGAGCUACGACACCUUCUUCACCAUGAAACGGCUGAUCGAUCGCUCAUGCAUGGUGGAUGAAGUUCUCCGCUGGGUCACCCAGAAUCCAGGGAAGGUCUCGCACAAUCACUACCCCAUCGCUCUGCAGAAGAUAGGUCAGCUCCUGGUACUUCAGCAGGCUGGUGGUCAGGCGGUUGGGAGUGGAGGAGCGGGUGAAGGAGCUUUGCACUCAUCUGCUGGCGGAGGCUCGGGGGAGAGCGGCGUACGAAAAAUUCUGGAUAAUCGGGAUUUUCAGACGCUCUGUGAUGCCAUUGUCAAUGACUGCUCCAAGUUUGACAAUUUCAGCAUUGUUAACUGCCUUUAUGCUGUUGCUGCACUUGGGCUGCCCAAUGACUCUCAGAUUGUGCAGGUGCUAGAGGAAGAGUCCCAGGCUCGCCUGUCCCAGUUCAACCAAAAGGACAUCUCUAUGGUUUUCAGCAGCUGCAUGAAGCUGCAUCCGUCCAGCCAGCAUCCCUUGAUCGAGUCGUGCCUUGCUGGGCUAGAGAAGCACAUUGAGCGGGAGCGCCACCCCCAGACGCUCUUCCUCCUGCUUUCUUACUACCGCACUAAGUGGAGAGCACUGCGGGCGGCAGAUGGAGCCUCCCCGGAACAGCUGAUUGUGAACCGAAAGAUCCUGCGGCUGGUGAAGCACACCCUGGCCAGUGUUAGCAGCGUUAGGGACCAUGAGAUGGCCCUGCUAGAUGAGAUGCUGUCAGCAUGUGCAAGGGAAGCCAGUAACAAGAGCCUUGAGCUCAUCUUCAGCUCUCACCUCUUCUACCAGAACAGGCAGGAGAAGUUUGUGAGCAGCCUCGCAGAGGAGUUGCCUAAAAAGGUUGAAAGCAUCACACCUUACACCAUGGCUCUCAUUGCCAAGUACAUCGCUCGCCAUCGUCUCAGAGAAACACGUCUGCUGGAUACUAUUGCUGACUUCUUGGUCAAGAAGGGUGAAUACUUGGACAGCAAGGUGAUCCAGAAGCUUGUGUUCCCAUUCAGUCGUAUGAGCUAUCGACCGGCAAAUGAGGCUCAGUUCUUCUCCAAAUUGGAGAUGGCGCUCGAACUAAAGGCUCUGAGCUCUCCCCUGGCCACCGUAAAUAUCCUAAUGUCCUUGUUCCAGCUGGGUCAUUUUCCAGGGCUUGUCUUGCACCGUGUCUUCUCUCCAUCAUUCAUCAGUAAUGUCACCAACAGUCCGUAUGCCCUGAUUGUACGGCGGUACCUUUCACUAUUGGAUGCAGCUGUAGAGUUGGAAUACAGGGAUUACACUGGACCCCGCCUUCAGGAAUCACAUAAAGUGCUCAUGUUUGAUCGCGCACUAACUGCAGAUGAGGUGAACCGCAAAUACAGUUAUAAAGGUCUGGUUGCAGAGGCACUCAGGCAGCUUGUUGGCGAGCAUUGCUACAAACAGGAUGAAGUUCUAGCACCAGGAUAUUACACAGAUUUCCUGCUGUGGAUCGACAGCAUAGGCCGUGUUCUCCCUAUCAGGACUGGGGCACCAGCAGCAUCAUCAGGCACAGGUUCAAUCCCAUGUGUAAUACUAAACUUAAAAUCUCCUGAAGGGUCUGGCUCUGUCGCAGCUCUCACUACUGACUUCCAGAAGUUCUCCCCUUUUGCCCCUUCACUGGUGGUUGGGGGUGACAGACAAUCAGGAGAUGAGUCUGCCUUCCUCUCCACUCACAUGCGCCCCCAAACAGCAGGAGCAACAGCUCAGAGAGUUGGUCCUAAUGGAACUGUACCAUUGGACUACAACCCAUAUUACAAUACUUCAGAUUAUUACUCAAAUCUAGCCAAGGAGCACUCUCUGGAAAGCCAGGACAGCUCCACCCUCAGUAGCCCCUCAGACUGCCUGACCCAGGCAGGGUCUUCUGUUCCCGGGGCCGUUGCCCCACAAGACUCCCUCUUCCAGUUCUCAAUUGGAAAAAUUCUGGAGGAUGAAGGGGGUGCUGCCAUCUCAACUGGAGCAAUCCCUGGGCCAGACUGUGAGAUCACUGCAUUUUAUGAAGGAGUGACAUACCCAGAGGGUAGCGAGAGCAAUGUAGUGGCCAGUUCUCCACUGCAGCUUCACAACCUAGAAAACCCAGAAGCUGACCAGACCACAGGAGAGCAAUUGAAAAGGGUUAUAAUGUCAGUAAAUGAUAAAUGGCAUUAUUGCCAUAAUUCUGAUGUACUGGUCGGAUCCAGGGCCAUGAGAGACCGCCACCUGCAGUUGCUGGGCUACAUUAUACUACAGUUACCCUAUCUGGAGCUGGAGAAGCUGAAUGGGAUAGAGGAAGUGAAACAGUAUCUUCACAAAAAGCUGCUGAAGGUUCCUUUAUGACACAAUAAAGGCAGCGAGUGUGUUUGUGUGCUACAGAAAGCAUGUGCAACUUUCAAGGUUUCAAGAGGUUUUGUUGUUUUCAGAAAGACUGUUGUGUGUGUAUGUAUGUGUUUUUGUGUGUGUGUGUCUGUAUGUGUGUUUGUACACACAGGAUGAGAACAGUUCUUGUUUUCAGCACAGAACAUCUGUUAACACAAGGAAUCUGUGUGGGUGUUAUCUUAAUUCUUUGAUUAUAGAGAAGCAAAAUUUAAACUGGUGUAUGGUAUGUAGUCCUUUUAACUGUGCCUGGGUUUCUGAAAAAUUUUACCACAUCAUAAAGCAUACAUUACUUACCCCCAGCCAACAAUUAAAGGCCAUUUAGCUUUCAGUAAUGGAAAUAUUGAUCAUUCACAAUUCAGUAGAACUUCUGGAAUGUUUUUGGUAUAUUUGGUCAUUGGUUUGAUCACUAAGGGGUGAGAGGAGCAAGUUGUUUAAUAUUGUAUGUGCCCAAGCAUUUUCUUUUUUAAAAUUUUUCAUUUGAUUGUGUCCCCACAUCCCUUUUUUGUCAUCACUGUUAUUUUGGUGUGUUUAGGUGCAAACUUGGGAGUAGACAC